UGUUUGUAGUGGAGUGAAUAGUCAUCUCUACCUGUUUUAAAAGACGUAAUUAAAAUAUUAAAUAUAUAAUGGAAAUACUGGCACAACAUCUAAAAAGCAUUAAAAUUCCAAGUUCUUUAGACAAGGUAUAUAAAGAUGAGUGUGUAUUUUCCUUCGAUAAUCCUGAAACUGAUACCGGCUUAUACGUUAGUUUGUCCAGCUUUAUUGGUUUAGGACGAGAUCAUCUUGAAAGAUAUUUUAGGAAGACAGGUCAAGCCGUAUAUUUGCACCUUAGGAGAGAAAAACAUGAGGUUUCAUCUCCACAACAGGGUGAUGGUCCAGAAAAGAAAAUUACUCGUCUAGCUAUAGGAGUUGAGGGCGGAUUUGAUCCUGACUCAGGAAAAAAGCGAUUUGAAUAUGAAGAUAUUUACAGUAUUGUCAUUCUACCUGACUUCACAUCUAUUAAUUGGCCAAAUGAAAAUUUACCCGAAAUAGUUAAAGCAUCGGUACAGGGUACAAUAGACUUGCCUUCUGCUAGUAAAUUGGCAGAACUUGAAGCUCUCAGUGGUACUUGGGAUGGAGAGACUCGUAUAGUGUCCAAACACGCGCACAAUUUGGUACAGUUAAAUAAUGGAAAGAAGAUACCACCCACAGGUUGGAAGUGUGAAAAAUGUGAUAAAACUGACAAUCUGUGGUUAAAUCUUACCGAUGGAACUAUUCUUUGUGGAAGGAAGUUUUAUGAUGGGACGGGAGGUAAUAAUCAUGCUAUCGAACAUUAUAGUACAACAAGCUAUCCCCUUGCGGUUAAAUUGGGAACGAUCACAAAGGAAGGAAAGGGUGAUGUGUUCAGUUACAGUGAAGACGACAUGGUCGAGGAUCCUAAUCUAAUACAACACUUAGCUCACUGGGGGAUAAACAUUGCAAAUAUGGAAAAAACGGAAAAAUCUAUGGUGGAACUGGAGCUAGAAUUAAAUCAAAAGACAAAUGAAUGGGCUGCCUUACAAGAGAGCACUGGAUCUUUGAAACCUAUAUACGGUCCCGGAUAUACCGGAAUGACCAAUAUGGGAAACUCGUGUUAUCUUAAUAGCGUAAUGCAAACGCUAUUUAAAAUACCAGAUUUUAUUCACAAGUACUUUGAUGGUGCUGAAUCUAUUUUUUCUAAUGCUACGGGAGAUCCAGCAGAGGAUUUUAAUAUUCAAAUGGCUAAAUUGGGUUACGGCCUUUUGUCCGGGAAGUAUUCAGUUCCUCCUCCUCCAGGUUCUCCAGUGGAUGCAGAUCCUCCAGGAAUUUGCCCUCGAAUGUUCAAGACCUUGAUCGGUAAAGGUCAUCCAGAGUUUUCGACAAAGAAACAACAAGACGUCCACGAGUUUUUACUUCACCUUUUAACUUUGUUAGAACGCAAUUCGAAGAACCAUGAAAACCCAGGUGAAUGCUUCAAAUUUCAAGUAGAAGAAAGGUUUCAGUGCAGUACCAGUAAGAAAGUAAAAUAUCUCACUCGGUCAGAAGUUAUUUUACCUCUUUCGAUACCUCUCGAUGCAGCUGUAAAUAAGGACGAAGUAGCUGCAUAUGAAGCGAGGAAAACCGAAGCUGAAAGUCUCGGAAAACAUUUGGCACCCGAUUCGGUUGUACGGCCAAGAAUAAAAUUUUUCUCUUGCUUGGAAUCCUUCACACAGUCCGAAGUGAUAAAUAACUUUUAUAGUACAGCGGUUGGUAACAACGUAACGGCUCGAAAAACUACCAGAUUGGCUUCAUUCCCUGAUUAUUUAAUAAUACAAUUAAAAAAAUUCACCUUGCGGGAGGAUUGGGUGCCAAUUAAAUUAGACGUUUCGAUAGAAAUGCCCGACAUAUUGGAUAUUUCUCCGCUACGUGGUGCUGGGCCACAGCCAGAAGAGGAGCUCUUACCAGAACCUGAAGUUCAACCACCAGCGCCUGUCAUGGACCAGAAUGUUCUUUCACAGUUAGCUGAUAUGGGAUUUCCACCAGAAGCCUGUAAGAGAGCCGUAUUCCAUACUGGGAAUUCGGGCUUGGAGGCCGCCACGGCGUGGAUAAUGGAACACAUUGCAGAUUCGGACUUUACCGAUCCAUUCGUAAUACCAGGUACCCAGAUUACGCAGUUUACACCGAAUCAAGAUUCGUUGGCUAUGAUCGUGUCGAUGGGUUUCACUCCAGAACAAGCAACGAAAGCUCUUAAGGCCACCGAUAACAAUGUCGAGAGAGCAAUGGACUGGAUCUUCUCCCACCAAGAGGAAUUGGAUAACAUUACCUCACCACCCCCGCCUUUGUUCAGAGACGGAGAAGGGAAAUACAAACUAAUUGGGUUCAUUUCUCAUAUGGGAACCUCAACCAUGGUGGGCCAUUAUGUUGCCCAUUUGUUGAAGAAUGACCAGUGGGUUAUAUUCAAUGACAAUAAAGUUGCCCUCUCUGAGCAUCCGCCAAAAGAUUUAGGCUAUGUGUACGUUUAUGAAAGAAUUUAAGUUUAAUUUUUAUUGUAAUUUUAUAUUAAUAAAAUGAAUUUAAUACAGUUUUUUAGUGAUCA